CUGAUCUCAACCUGAACACAAUUUCAGAGAGCCGUUUGUCUCUUUCGCCCGGUUCCGUGUCACACACAGAGACAAAAAAGAUCCCCCAUUUCCCACAUGGCCGACGGCGGCGAGUCCGGCGACGAGACGGCAGCACUCCACGCUUCGCCGACGGUGCCGCCGCUGGAGGACGACGACCUCCUCGGCGAGAUCCUCCUGCGCCUCCCCGCGCUGCCCUCCUCGCUCCCGCGCGCCUCCCUCGUCUCCAGCCGCUGGGCCCGCCUCGCCGCGUCCGCCGCCUUCCGCCGCCGCGUCCCCGCCCACCACCGCACGCCCCCAAUCCUGGGCCUCUUCCACAACCCGUCCGGCGAGCUGCUCUUCACCCCGGCGCUCGCCCCGCCAGACCGCAUCCCUUCCGAGCGCUUCUCGCUGUACCCCGGCGGCGACGGCUCCUACCCGGACCCGUUGGACUGCUGGAGCCUCCUCGCGUGCCGCCACGGCCGCAUCCUGAUCGCCAGCUCCUGGUGGCGCCUGCUCCUCGUCUUCGACCCCGUCUCCGGCGCCCGCCGCCGCGUCGCCGUCCCGCCGGACUUCGUCGACUACAUGUCCACCGCCAACGGCGCCGUCCUCUGCUCCGCCGGCGCAGGCCACGUGCACGGCGACUGCCUCUCCAGCCCCUUCAAGGUGGUCCUGGUGAGCACCAGGUGGAGGCAGCGCCCGGCCGUCGCCCGCGUCUACUCCUCGGAGACCGGCCUCUGGGGAGACCUCGUCGAGGCGGCGGAGCCGUGCGCCGGCAUGGUUAGCCGUCUCCCCGGCACCCUUGUCGGCAACUCCCUUUACUGGUGGCUGAACGAGUCUGACGACGGCAUGCUCGAGUUCGAUUUGGAUACUCGGGUACUAGCCGUGGUCAAGAGGCCCCCUUUCGAAGGCGUUCACGGUAACCGCAUCCGGAUCAUCAGGGCAGAAGAUGGUAGUGUCGGACUGGCUGUACUGUCCUACCCGAGUUUCCAGAUGUGGCGCCGUAGGGCUGAUUCUACAUGGCUUCUCCAUGCCACCGUUGGCAUGGACAAGGUCCUUGGUCUGCCAUCUGAGAUCGAGGCGGGGAGGGCGGCUAUAAGGGGGUACGCCGAGGAUGCCGAUGCGGUUUUCAUAUCGGUGAACGACACCGACUGCCGGAACUAUUUCUUCCGUGUACAACUGGACGCGAUGCAGUCCACGGAACUGUGUGGGAACUUUUUGGGGAAUUCGUAUCACCCGUUCACCAAUUUCUAUACUCCCGGCCCGUCAACGCUCCAAACUCCUGCGAACUAGUUCAAGACGCUGAUGGAGCAGCAGAUGAUGGGGACCAUAGUUUGAUGCGCUCCUGCGACCUAAGUUAAAUGGUGGUCAAAUGCACCUUCGCGGUACAUCUUACGACUUGAAGCUAAACAUAUGAUGCUCAUAAGGCCCGCCAUUGAUCCAACUUCCUCCUGCUGAGAACUACAUCUGGGGAGAUGCUGCGGCGUAGGAUGAUGAUCGCCAAAGUUUGAGCUGCUGCUGGGGCACUCCUGCAAACUAAGAUAAAGGCUCGUCAAUGUGCCAACUUCCUGCUCCUACGAACCAUGUUCAUGACCCUGACGGAGCAGCAGAUGAUGGUGACCGGAGUUUAAUGUGCUCCUACGACUUAAGUUAAAGGAUAGUCAAACACACCUUCAUGGUUUACUUGAAUCAAAUACUUGAUGCUUUAUUAGGUGUAACAGUGUACCAGCCAUUGAGCAACCAAAGCAGCAGGCUCUACUCCUAUAUCACCAUACAACCCCUCGAACCUUCCUAUUCCGUGAAGCUGAAUAUUUCUUAUUAGCAUGGUUCUUCUUGUAAUGAAAUGGUUGACUCAUAACAAGGGCAAGCUGUCGGAUUAGCCCUUAGAGAGAGACCCUUGUCACUUUGUCCCUUUAUUGUGAAUUUGUGAUAUUUUACGACUGAUCUCACUGAAA